AUUUGAUUUCUCAAGACAAUUCAGUGUUUCGCCAGACUGCAAGCGAUACGGACCGGAUACGGAAUUCGAAGCCAAUUGCCGGACCCGGAUGUCGUAGGAAAAGGCGCGUAAUAUUUUGUGAAUGGAGACCCUUUAAAGCAACUUACGUACACCUGCCAAGUGUUUAGCCAGUGAGUCUCCGGUAAUUAUUCGGUCUGGUGAGCGAGAGCCGAUGGUCAGAAGCGCCUCUGAGUGCAUCGUUAAACCUCUGAGUGAUUAGAUAAUGAGGCAGUAUUAUCUGGACAUUUGGGCGACGUAGUUCAACAGCCUGCAGAGGUUCCCACCAAUCCGAUGCAAUAGCCCAACCCAAUCCCAGCCCUGACCUUUGCAAAAGUACGUGACAUGGAAUGCUCAUUUUAACAACUUCAUCACCCCUGGCUACUUCCCACACUGUUCGUCCAUUAUGCAUGAUUCUGGGCUGGCACGCUUCAAUCAUGCAUCUUCUCCAGUUGUCAACUGCAGCACUUGGAAGACGCUACGCUUUCUAAGAUGCAGCAUUUUGUCUCAAUUGACAAUGAUUGGAUUGCGUGCAUGCAUAUAAAUUCCGGAAACUUGGACAGUUUUUACAUUGAGUGGUGCUUUGUUUAAAUCAACAACAAGAUCAAACAGUAUAUCCAUCGAUCUUAAUGUGUAACAAAAAGAAACAUGACAUCGACUUUAAUAUCGUCUACAUGGAUUCUUUAGCAGCAAUUCAGCAAUUAUACUCUACAUAGAAUUAUGUACAAGUUAAUUUAUUUGAUAUUUAAUGGAGUUUCGUUCGACACGGGGGUUUACUUUUUUAGGAAACAAGUUUUUCUUUAAUUUUUUUAAAGUGUAUGGUGCACGCAUUUCUAUUUCUGAUAUAUAUUCAUAUAUGUACACUCUCGAAGCCACGUGAUCAAAACUAGAAUGCCUUAUAAUUACCUAUUGUAAUCGCAGGUCAAGUGCCGUAAAAUCCGGAAUCUUUGGGCUUAAACCCAUAUUCACUUUAGAAUGUCAGCUCCAGCGGCAGCUGCAGCGUCUGCCGUCCUGGACUUCGACGACAUCCUAGUCGAGAUCGGAGAAUUCGGACGUUUUCAGCGGCGGAACUAUCUGCUCAUAUGCCUGCCCGUACUUUUUGCAGCCGCCAACAGCCUGUCGUAUGUUUUCACGGCAGGUUCGCCGACCUACCGAUGCUACGUGCCCGAGUGCGAUAAGGCGGAGGAUGCGGAAUAUGGAGCGGUUUGGGUGUCGAUUGCCGUGCCCGGCAGCUGGAGCAAGCGGGGCCAAUUUACGCCGUCCACCUGUGAAAGGUUCGUGACGAACAGAAGCCACUUUGCAUCCGCAUCAGAGUCUGGGAGCUCGUGGCCUUUGGAUCAGUGCUCGGCUGCGAAUUUCACGGCGGAAACGGAGAGGUGCCAUCAGUUUGUGUACGGCAGUUUGGAGCGUACCAUUGUGCAGCAGUGGGGGAUGCAAUGCCAGGAGAAUCUCUGGAAGCUGGCCUUCGUGGGCACUAUGCACUUUGCCGGCCUGGUUGUGGGAACAGCCCUCUCCGGAUACCUUGCCGAUCGAUAUGGACGCAAGCACAUUUUCCUGUUCUGCAUCGUGUUCAUGGCGCUGACCGGAGUGGCGCAGGCGCUAUCCUGGGACUACAUAAGUUUCCUGGUCUUUGCCUUGUUGAACGCAGUGGGAACUUCCGGUGUUUACCCGCUUGCCUUCAUCAUCGGAGUGGAAAUGGUCGGACCGCGAAUGCGUGAAAUGUCCUCCAUCGUGCUCAACUACUUUUAUGCCGUGGGCGAGGCGCUUCUUGGCCUUUCCUUUUUCCUGCCCCACUGGCGACAAUUGCAGCUGGCGCUCUCACUGCCGCCGCUCAUCUGCGUAGCCUACUUCUGGCUGGUACCGGAAUCCGUACGGUGGCUGCUGGCCCGUAAUCGGCGGGAGCAAGCGGGUGUCAUUAUCCGGCGGGCGGCGAAGGUUAACCGGCGAGACAUCUCCGUCGAGCUGAUGGCCAGCUUCAAGCAGCAGGAGCUGGAAGCGGAAACCGGCAGUGAGGCCGAGGGUGGCCUGGACGUGCAGAAGGAUGACAAGAUCUGGUUGGCCAUCAAGAAGGUGGUGAGCUCUCACAUUUUGAUGGCCAGAUACGCCAUUUUGCUGUUUAUUUGGGCCGUCAAUGCUAUCGUCUACUACGGCCUAUCGCUCAACGCCACCAGUCUGAGUGGCAACAAGUACCUGAACUUCGCCCUGGUUUGCCUCGUGGAGAUCCCCGGUUACAGCCUCGCCUGGUUGUUCUUACGGAGAUUUGGGCGACGUAUGGCACUUUCAGGCUCCCUGCUGCUCUGCUCUAUCACGUGUGUGGCCAGCGGAUUCGUCACUCUAGGUGCCAAUUGGCUGGUUGUGACGCUCUUCCUUGUCGGAAAACUGGGCAUCACCUCCUCCUUUGCAGUCAUCUACACAUUCACUGCGGAAAUGAUGCCCACGGUCAUUAGAAGCGGCGGCGUUGGUGUCAUGUCCACAUUUGCCCGCUUCGGUGCGAUGCUGGCUCCAUUUGUGCCUUUAUUGGCUUCGUACUAUGACCCACUACCUCUGCUUCUUUUCGGGAGCUUAUCGCUUGUGGCUGGUCUCCUUUCGCUGCUACUGCCGGAAACCUUCAACCGAAAACUACCGGAUACGGUGGAAGAGGCGAUUGCAUUGGGGAAAUGA